AUGAGGGCAUUUCGACAACAGAAGGACGCAGUCCUCGUAUGGGUGAACGUACUCAGCAUUGACCAACAAAACUCUGUAGAGAAGAUGCAGAGAAUUCAACUCAUGACCAGAAUCUACAGCUCGGCCAAGUCUGUCGCCAUCUGGCUGGGACCUGAAGCAGAUGAGAGUGGCACUGCCACAAGGGUUUUAAGAGAGGUUGCUCGGAAACCAGAUGUCAGAGACUUCACGUCACUUCAUUCAUCGGGCGAAAGGAAGGCUGAAGUUCGCGUUGCCAUCUCUCUCUUUGAGAGGGAUUAUUAA